GUGGUAAAUGCAACUAAUGCUAGCGUUGCAACUGGUUCAAAUGUUCUAAAGAACAUCAACCUCGGUGGGCCUGAAGCCGAAUCGAACGCACCAAGUGGAAACAGUUCAAACGUCGACAUCAAGAUGGUCAACAAUGUUGACGCGCCAGUAGGGGAAAUUGCAAGUGGUGUAUCUGGCACAACUGUUCAAGGGAACAACACCAUUGCUUUGUUGGGCAAGCUAUGCAAUGCCGUUGGGGAGGAAGACAAAACUUCUGUUGAAAUCUUCCUUUCAAAUCCCAUAGGUGAGACUGCAGCCGAGUCGCAUGUGUCUCGGGCUAAUUGGAGGCGUUUGGCAAUGGCUCGUACAGCUCAAGAGAAGCAUGUCUUCCGAACUGAUGUGGCUGACGUGAGAAGAGAUGUUGAAAUUCAUGCAGGAUGGGGUAAAGGCUACGGAGGGAUUAAAAAUGAGCCCGAGUUGCUAGGGCUCAAAGCUGUCUGUGAUAAGGAAAUUGGGAUCAUGCAGGCCAAAGCUAACCUCACUUAUCAAAUUCAGGAUGGCAAGACUUGUCAAAAAAUUGGAGGUGAAAAGAUGGCUGUAGAAGCCCGAGUGCUUCAGUAUGCUUCUGUCUUCGACCAAUCGCCGAGGCGGGGCAAUAUCGCCAAGCUCUCGAAUGAGAUUGUCAGUAUUAUUGAUUGUCUCUCAUCUCUCAUUACCUCUCUCACUGGUCAGGACAUGAAAUCCUCCAUUCCACCACACUAA